ACAAACUAAGAAGGCCAAAAGUCUUCAACCCAGACUAAACUCUGAAGCAGAUCAUAUAUUGAAGAAGCUGCAGGGCCUCCGUUCUCAGUAUAGUGGUCUCCAACUGGAAGUUAAAAGAACAGAUGCAAACUUACUUAUGUUGCAAAGAGAUCGUGAUAAUCUCAGAGGGGAAAUCCAAACUACAGAAGAGGCCCAUUCUAAAGAGAAGCAAACGUUGGUAGAGGAGAUUGUGAAUCUUAAGAAAAUGAAGGACUUAGCAGAUCUGCAAGUAUCUCAAAGGGAAAUGGAGAUUUUGAAGAGCAAACAGGAGCUUGAGAGAGAACUUGUCUCUUUAACUAGCAGUGAGCAGAAAAUAUACUCUCUGCAAUCACAGAUAAAGCAGAGAUUGGAACAACAGAAGUCAAUAGAAAGCCAGUUGUCAGAUAAGAGAAUGGAUCUUCUGAAGGUGAAUUCAGCCAAGCAGGAAAUGGAGGAGAAACUUCAUAAACACACUGCAGCCGUACAAGAUCACAUCGCACUUGAUCUCAGAAACGAAAUUAGUUUUCUCCAUCAACAGUUACGGGAAACGGACCUUCAAUCUGAGCAGGAUCGUGUUCUGAGAAGCAAGAUCAUGGCCGAUUGUGUGUCAUUGACCAGUGAAAAUAAUGCAUUGCACACCAGGAUUUUGGAGCUAAACAAACAGUUGGAGAUACAGAGGGCGCUUAAAGAAGACAAUUAUCCACUUGAUUCUUCUAGCUUUGCCCAGCUUCUCAGUGUUAAGGACCGAGAUGAACAUUUGAACAAACAGGUCAAACAGCAACAAGAACUCCUGGAGCUCGAGAAGAUCCGUUUCAAGGACUUGAUGAAACAGAUUGGCCAUUUGCAGAGUGGAAACAAGCUUCAGGAUCUGAAUACAGCUACUAUCAGAAGUUGUAUCGAUGAGCUGCAAGCUGUAUUGGCCAAAGAACAACAAAUCAACACGGAGCUCCGUAGAGACAAGCAUUUACUGGUUGACCACGUAACUAAUUUGCAAAAUCAGAUCAUGAGCAAGGAUGCUGAGCUGCUUCACAUUUCUUCACGGAUAGAGGAUCUGGAGUCUCAUAUGUCCUCUCUGAAAUCUGACCAAGAGCUGCACAGAUCUCUGCAAUCAGAAAGAUGGAAGGGGAUCUCCAACAUGGCUGGCUCUAUGAAAAACCUGUCAAUGCCUCUAACUGGGGCCUCUGUUUCAUUUGAAAAGUAACAAUGAUUUACUUAUACGAUUCAUUAUGGUGUCUUUAAUAAUAUCUUAAUCAUUUUUAUUAAAUUAGCUUAAAUUAAGAGCUGACAUUUCCUCUUUACACCACUUCAGUAGGACAGAGGAGUUGUCCCUGUCACUAAAAUGUUUUCACCCUUCCUAGAUCGUCUGUCUGUCCCUUUUCUGGUUCCAGCAUUCUACCCCCUUCUGCCUCUGCAGUUGCCAUGGUUAAUGACGCUCCACAACUGGGUAUUUAUUUAAACAAAGCCAGAAAAUUCAGUAUGAUGGACUCAUUGCAGCAUUGGGUCCAAAAUCACUCCCUCAUCGCUGUAAUCUCUCUGAUAUCACUGAUGAAUAAAAUGGAUACCUGCCAGAA